GUUGAGGUUGCCAUUAAUUGCAAAUGGAGGAUCCGCAAGCCGAGCUUGCUACCACCGAUCACCAAACUCCCAACAAGAGCCAGAAUAAUAAUGCUACUUCUACCAAAGUCACGUUGGAGCUCCGCAAGUACAUCCUGCUGCUGGCCUCGCUGGUGGCCACGGUGACGUACGCCGCCGGGUUCAGCCCGCCGGGGGACGUCUGGCAGGACACGGCCGACGGGCACCUCGCCGGCGACCCCAUCAUCCGGGACACCCACCGCAAGCGGUACGUGGCCUUCUUCUACUGCAACGCCACCGCGUUCGCCGCGUCGCUCGUGGUCAUCGUCAUCACCCUCACCCUCGCCUACCUCGACGACUACAAGGACAAGUACUCCGACUCCAAGAUCGUCGUCCACUACACCAAGCGACAAUGGAUCGCCGUUCGGACGCUGCAGGCGGCCAUGGUGUCGGACCUGCUCAGCCUCAUGGGAGCCUACGCCGCCGGCACGUGCCGGGACACGUUCACCACCGUCUACUCCUCGCUGCUGGUGGGCUUCGUCUUCUUCUACCUCGUUGUUCAGGUCACGGUGGCCUGGUGCUACACCGGCGGCUCCGGCGGCGUGCCCGAAGGCCAAGUCGAAGAACGGCAACCGGCGGCGGUCCCGGACGAUGCGCGUUCUUCGGUGGCUGGUGGAAAUCCUCACCACUCCGCUUCUGGCGGCGUCGUGCCCGAAGUCAGAGAAGAAGAAGAAGAACGGCACGACUCGCCUGGUUCCGGCGGCGGCGUGCCCGAAGCCGGUGCCGUCGAAGAAGAAGAAGGAGAAGACGAAGAACGGCAGAAGGCGAAAAAAAUGUUCCGCAAGAUCAAGGUCCUCACGGCGCUUGCUUCAGUGAAGAUCGAACAAGACAAGGCGAAAGAGCGGUUCCGCAAGGUCCUGAUGCUUCUGGCGACGUUCGCCGUGAGCAUCACGUACUUGGCCGGGCUGAGCACGCCGGGAGGCUUCUGGGACAGCGCCGGCGACGGCCACGGCCCCGGCGACGCCAUCCUCAAGGACCAUCACAACACGCGCCUGGCAGUGUUCUUCUGUUUCAACACCCUGGCCUUCGUCGCGUCACUGCUCAUCAUCGUGGUGCUUCUGGACACCAAGCCUCAUCGUCAUCUUCGUCAGGGGUUCAUCGUCGUCGCGCUGUUCAGCCUCAUCGUCGCGUACAACGCCGGCAGCUGCAGGCAGACCGACACCACCGUCUACGUGUUCAGCCUCAUCCCUGCCGUUCUGGUCUACAUUUUGUUCCUCUACUUUCUCGCAGAUCACAUCUACGACAAAUGGGAAAAAAUGAAAACUCAUUUCAGGACCAGAUGGUUGCCAGAGCCAUCAACACCAUCGACACGAAAUGGUCGCCUGAACGCCAAUGGCAGUAGGGUCAGGGAGGGUAAAACAGAGAAGCAGAAAGCAGCAGACAAGGCUCGUUCUCUUGUCCUGCUGCUCGCCACUCUGGCGGCGACGAUCACCUACCAGGCGGGGCUGGAACCGCCGGGCGGCGUCUGGCAGGACAACAGCGGCGGCCACAUGGCCGGCGAUCCAAUCCUCCUGACGACGAAUCCCCGGCGGUACAAGGCUUUCUUCUACUGCAACUCGGUGUCCCUGGUGGCGUCCCUGGUCGCCAUCGUGCUGGUCCAGAGGAAGCUUCUCCUCAAGCACCAUGUGCUGGAGGCGGUCAUGAUACUGGACCUCUUCGGCCUCAUCGGCGCAUACGCGGCAGGGAGCUCCCGGGACGUGAACACCUCCAUCCAUGCCAUGGCAUUGGCCGGCGCCGUCCUCGUCUACGUCGUCAUCCAUGUCAUCUUCAUCACGCUGGACGACAACACGCGCACAACAAGGAGCGAGAGUGACAAGAAAAACGGCAAUGAGUUGGUGGAGAAGACGCGCAAGCGGCUGCUCCUCUUCGCCAUCUUUGCCGCGACCAUCACCUACCAGGCCGGCCUCACUCCCCCCGGCGGCUUCCUGCUCAAGGACGGCGUGCAGUCCGGCGUGCACCACCACGCCGGCGACCCGAUCCUGUUGAACAACUUCCCGCGCCGCUACAAGGCCUUCUUCUACUGCAACUCGGUGAGCUUCAUGCUGUCCAUCGCCGUCAUCAUCCUCCUCGUCAACCCCAACCUGUACAGGCCAGCCAUACGCACCCAUGCGCUGUCCGUGUGCACGGCGGUAGGAUUGUUUGGACUCAUGGGCGCCUACGCCGCCGGAAGCACGCAGCAUCUGAAGACAUCCGUCUACAUAUUCGCGUUGGUGGCAGUGGUCAUCUUCUUCAUAGUCCUACUGUUCUUGGUGUUUUGGUUCACGGGCUGCAGCGGCAAGACUCCACAAGGAGCACCACCAACAGAGACCAACAAUACACAAGACAAGGAGGAGGACAUGGAGACCAAGGAAAAGAAGAUCAUACAUGCCAACCGAAAGUACCUCAUGUUGCUAGGGAUCCUUGUGGCAAGUGUCACCUACCAGGCUGGCCUAGAGCCGCCGGGAGGAGCUUGGCAGAGCAGCGAUGGUGGGCACGAAGCCGGCAACUCGGUAAUGCAUGACAACAGGAGGCACCGGUACCUGGCGUUCUUCUACAGCAACUCCACCUCGUUCAUGGCGUCCGUCGUGGUCAUCCUGCUGCUCCUGGUACCACCGGAGAAGCUAAUCGGCGUUCGCAACGAGAAAUGGCGCAGGAGGUGGCUUGUGGUGAUGAACACGACAAUUGUGCUGGACUUGCUUGGCCUCCUGGGUGCCUACGCAGCCGGCUCGAGCAGGGGGUGGAAGACAUGUAUGUAUGUGUUGCUGCUGGUCCUAGCCGUGCUGGCCUACAUGGCAUUCCAUCUCGUCCUGUCCUGCAUCAUCAGAAAGAGGAAUCGGAGCGCCCAACAGCAAGUUGACUCAGCAGCAGCAGCAUAAUGUUAGGAUAGGACAGUCAUCCUGUCGAGUGUCGACCUCCUAGAGCGCUCGCUAGAUAGAAGCACGUCGUUUGUAUGGUUAAACUCUUCUACCUUAAUUACAAUGAUGCGUAAUGCUCUUUCGUGUAUUCAAGAAAAAGAAAACACAAGCAACGUCUGCUACUCCUCCGGUCUAGUGUUUGUAUGGCCCUCUUAGUUGUUUCUCUAAUUAUUUACUG